AUGGGCAACGUGUGCGAGUGUCGGGGAAGGCCCGGUGGCCGGUCGGUGGCGGAGGGCCAGCCGGAGAAGGCCAAAGCGCUGCAGCAAGUGACCGAGGACGAUUUGGACAGCAACGAAGGCGAUGAUGACGUCGUAGACGAUCUUCCCGUGCCGAGUGCAAAGGCGCAAGCAAAAAACAGGCAGUCCGUCAGCGCCGAGGCCUAUGGGGAGUGGAACAAGAAGACUAACUUUGUCGCUCCCGUCCAUCCAAAGACCCCAGAGGUGAAAGAGCGAAUUCAGGAGAUUCUGGACAACUCUUUCUUGUUUAGCUCUUUGGAUGUGGAGGAGAUUGACGUGGUGUUAAAUGCGUUUGAGGAGGUGGUUGUCAAGAAGGGUGAGACACUGAUUAAGCAGGGCGCUGAUGGUGACAAAUUAUAUUUAAUAGAAUCCGGGGAGGCGGAUGUGUUCAAAGAGGUUACAAAAGAGGGAACGAAUGAAAAAGAAACCCUUAAAGUGAACACGAUGAAGCCAGGAGACACAGUGGGAGAGCUGGCUCUCAUGUACAAUGCACCGAGAGCAGCAACUGUCGUUGCUGCAACGGACCUCAAGCUCUGGUCUCUUGACAGACAAACGUUCACUCACAUUGUCAGGGACGCAGCAGCUAAAAAGAGGGAAAUGUAUGAAGAGAGCCUGAAGGAGGUGGAGCUGUUGAAGGACGUGGAUGCCUACGAGCGCAGCAAAGUGGCGGAUGCGCUGAAGUCGCAGUUAUAUCAUGCCGGGGACACAAUCAUACGCGAGGGUGAGGCCGGCGACACAUUUUAUUUGCUAUUAGAUGGCGAGGCUGAGGCGGUGAAAGGGGGGAAGGUAGUGAUGAAGUACAGCAGAGGCUCCUACUUUGGCGAGCUCGCACUCCUCAAAAACCAACCUAGAGCAGCAACAGUCACCGCCAAGACGGACUGCAAGGUGGCUUACAUGGACAGGAGGAGCUUCAAGAGGCUACUAGGGCCUCUUGAGGGACUCCUCAUGAGAAAUAUGGACCACUACAGAGCCGUCAUGACGCAGCUGGGCCUAGACACCAAAUAUCUGGACAAGUAA